UCUUCACGCGUUGCCUCACUACCCCUCAUCGGCUGUUGUCACUUUUGUUGUUGUAGGGUUUCGUGGUGAGAAUCCCUGGACAGCUCAGUCAAACGUCGACAUGGCCAGCAAAGAUGCGAUUUUACUGGCAGGAGUAGUUCAAUAACGCGGAUUCAAGCAGCUAGAUUACAUUCUUGGCAAUGAGCUAAUCUUAGUUUUCUGUGUGUGCAAGGUUGGUUUCCACUUUGGUCUUGUGGGUUUUCGUGGAUCGGCGCGUUUGAGGAAUUUGUGAUGUAGGCUCCUGGAAGUAGAAUAUUCCCGGGGAAUCGUGGAGUUGGGUUGCUAGUUUUGAAGCAAUGCGGAUGCUGCUAGGUUUUUGUUGCUCAUGUGGUGGCAUUUUGAGCUCAAGGAGAGAGUCCUAGCGGAGAGGGUCAUUGUUGCAUACAGUGGGCCUGAUUUGGGCUUCUUGAUUUUGUUUAGUAACAUAUGCCUACUGGGUUUUUGAACGGGGCCUUUCAUGGCAGCGCUGAAUGUGGAUCCAAGUGCUGGGAGCGACAUGUCGAUAAACUAGCGAUGUCUACUUCACAAGUAGUACAGUCCCUUUGAACUGAGUCUCGUGGAGCACCCGGAUUGUGUUCUUUGGCCUCGAAGAUUGGCUGACACGCAACGGUUCCCUGAUCGUGCAGUGCUGUUGUAUAAUUUGUUUAGGAAUUUUCAUUCUGUGUCAUAGAUCCUUCAUAAGACGACGGGCUGUGAUAUGUGUGAAUCAGGCCAUGUUGUGUGAUCUGUCUCGAGAUCCAAGUCUUUAUGGCUUCUUUCGAUGAGGCUAAGACUUUUUAGAUCUUAACUGGUCUUCGAAGCGGUUGAAGUAGUGAUUUAUUCACUUCAAAGUUUUUGUCAACCGCAUUCUACUCAGUUCAAAUAUACCUAGAGCUAUGAGCUGUGCGACUUGUAACGUAUGAUACGGUGUUUGCUUGCGAAUGAUAGCUUUUUUGGCACUUGAAUUCGCAGUGAUGCUGUACGCAUGGACCAAUUCGCUGCUCAGAAUUUGAGAGAAUAACCUCUUCUCCCUUUUAUAUGGGAAUCACAGACCAGACUCAAACUGUGGUUGUAGAUUCGUAUGUCUCUGUCCUUGAGAAAGGGAGGCACUUGUUCAGAACUCAUGGUGGAGUACCUGAUCCUUGGCAAGUAGCAGGUGCUCAACAUUAAUAUGAUGUGAUCAAUCGGGUAUUACAAAUCACUGGGUAAAGUGUCUUUUGGUGUUUGGUUCAUCUUCUUUCGAAACAAGCGCAGCAAGUAUGGAGCAUGACGGUAACAAUUCAGCUGUUGACAAUCAUUCAGAAGAAUUACCACAUUCAAGAUGGAAGGGUUCAAAGCGGAAUGUAAAGCUAAACUUUUACCACACAAUCAGCAAGAUGUAUGGGACCUCAGGUUCCAGAAAGUUCAAGGCCGGUGUGGAGCCGCAGGUGAAGGUUGGGCCAAUUAUAGGUAAAGUUACUGCGACCACAGCUCGUAUCCUCAUCGAAAUUGACAGGUCAGGAAUGUUGACGAUUGAAGUGAGAGAGAAGCCUCAGACUUUGGAGAAGCAACCCAGCUUUCUACAGAAACAACUGACUAUUGGACGAAGAGGAACAACCAAAACCUACGGGGCUACAGGGCAUUUGUCCGAUAAAGAGCACGUAUUACAGAAGGGCGUGAUAGCGAAUCGGCCUGCUGUCUUCGAAUUCAGAGAUCUCAAACCAGAAACGGCUUACAUUGUUGAGGUGAAAGGCUGCACAAAAGACAUUACAGCAAGUAGCUUUCGUACUUUUCCAGAGGCGUCUGCGGAUGCUCUGACAUUUGGAGUGAUAAGCUGCAACAAAAUCUUCAUUACGGAUAUAAUGAUUCCUCCCGCCUUGGAUUUGUGGGGUCAUCUAUCUAAAAACAUAGAGGCUGGCAAGGUGGACUACCUUCUGCACCUCGGAGAUCAGAUUUACGGUGAUGGCGACAAGCGCCAAGAUGCUGAGGCUGGGGCAGACAAGGAUGCGUGGUCUGAUCGUUUUCGGAAAGGCAUAGAACUAUUAAAGGGAGUGCGUCCAGAGCAGUGGAUUGAACACCAGGAUGCCGUGUGCGAAUUUUAUCGGGAAGUUUACAGGGACACUUGGAGACAUCCUCCCACUGCGAAAUGUUUAGCUAACUGCCCAAACCUCAUGAUUUACGAUGAUCAUGAAGUUCGUGACAAUUGGGGGGAUGUAAAGGAGGACUGGAAUAAAGACAGCGCUGACUUCUUUGUGGCUCGUUGUGCCUGGAUCGUUAGCAUGGAGUAUCAAAGGCAGCUCUACGUAGAUGUUGAUUUCACUAAAGUAGACGAUGUCCACCAGGACUAUCAUUUUCAUCUUAUAGGAGGAGUAGGGCUUAUGUUCCUUGACAUUCGAGGCUCACGAACCUUUCAUCGAGUCGAUGGUGAUAAGAAAAUCUAUCUAGGGGAUGGGCAAUGGAGUGCCAUCAAAAAGACGUUGUCUGCAGAGGGCAUUUUUGCGGAAGCUCGGGCACUGUUAGUUUGCUCUCCUGCCCCUCUUGUAUUUCUAGAACCCCGGAUUACGCAGUCUGCAGCUGCUGCAUUUCAUCGACUCGAAGAUUUCAAAGGACAUUGGUCCUUCGGUGAACACAUCAAGGAGCAAAUCAUGAUGAUCGAUUCUCUAUGCGAAUGGAAGAAUGCAGCAAGUCGUGAGGUUCUAGUUCUUGGAGGUGAUGUUCAUUGUGGAGGUCACUCCGACAUCAUAAAAAACCACGAGAUUUUAUUUCGCCAGCUCACAACAAGCGCAAUUGCUAAUGUACCUCUCCCGAAAUCUGCUUACUACUUUAUGAGAGCUGCUGGUCGCCUUGGAGGCCUGACGGACGAAUAUAAAUUUCGGCACCACAAGUGGACUAGAUCCCGUAACUACGGGCUUGUACAAGUUAAAUACCAUAGCCCUCAGUUGCUGGUUUUUCAGGACGAAACUCGGGAAGCAGAGCCUGGGGAAGUGGAAAUUACAGCACAGUUGGUAAAAGGUAGAAUGCUGGGUACGCCCGUCUAUGCAGAGAGGGUCAGUAAUUUGAACAAAAGCACUAUGAGUUGUGUUUGCACUUCGUAAGGGUCAAAAUCUUGGAUUUUAGGUUUGGAUCCUUAAAAGUGAACAUGUGUCGUUUGCAAUCAGUAAUGUGUUGACGUAUAUGUAUUUACAUCUGUGUAACAUCAAUUAAUAGUGAGAGCAGGCUCCUUUCUCUUUCCCUUACACGCAAUACGCACCCCUCUACCUUACGUGAUUUCGACCCUUCCCUGUAGGAUGUACCGUAUGAGUUUUACUCUUUUGAAGUUAGUCAACUCACAGGGCCAAAGCUGGGUUAGUGUUGGCAUACGUCUUAAGACGACAUGUCUUUAGACCUAGAGACUGUGAACAAUGUUCCUGGUGGUCUGCAAAAAAGCAACCUCGGGAAGCAAACAUGAUCAGGGAACCUGUUCAUCUUUUCGAAAUUUUGAUCCCAGAAUUCAUACAUCCCUGAAAACUUGGGGAGUGUCUUUCUAACGACCUCAUUUGUACAAAUUUGAGGACGAUUCUUCUCAUCCACUUUCGUUGGAAAUGAAUGUAGACUUCUUUUGCCA